AUGCACACUUUAUUCAACCAUUCCCCUCAGGUGGUGGAUCUUGCUCGUCGCUUCUUCUCCCUCACCUCUUUGGAGAAACCCUCAACUCAAGGGGGCUACCUGCAUGUGACUGUAGGCAAUGCUCUUGUAGCGGUUCCUGUCCCUUUACAGGGCACCAGUUCCUCUACUGAAGGCGUCACUGUUGACGCUACUACAGUUAGCACUGUAGAUGAUGCUAAAGCAGGUGGUGCUACAGCUGGACAGCAGCGGUUCAGUGGCAUCAUAGUGGAUCUCUUCUCAGGUGGUGCCGCCCUCCCUCAGCUAGAAGACGAAGCCACCUGGCGGCACCUGAAGAACCACCUGAGCCCUGAAGGAAGGGUGCUGAUCAACUGUGGGGGGCCUAGCAGCAGCUUCGGCGAAUACUUGAAGAGCUUCGAGCAAAUCCAGUCUGCCGAACUAGAAGUAACGGAGGGAGAUCGAACGGCAGCAAUAGCAGCAGCAGCCAGGAGUGAUCCUGGUAUGAGGCGAUGUGCCGAGGUCGCGCGAGACAUUGCACAGUUAGGGGUGGCGGGUGAGGAGGCGAUGUUUGCUGAGUACCUCACCACUUCGACAGGGGCAGAGUUUCUUGACCCGUGGCUUGUCAAGGCUAUCGAGCAGCUGCCAGCGACUAUCCGCCACGAGAUACCGGGCUUACCUCUGUGUGUAGCGGCCCCUCCUGUUCGGCUUUUCCAGGCGCGUCAGCGGCAGUUAGCUGUAGAGGAGCUUCAGGCACUGCGCCGCUUGGCUCGUGACGAUGCUACCUUGGCCCGUUUCACAUCCCUUCAGGGUCCGGGGGCAGGUGCAUGGGUUUCGGCGGUUCCGGCUCACUCAGAUCUCACAUUCAUUGCGGCUGAGUGGGGCAUUGCUGCUGCUAUACGGCUCGGCCUCCCAAUUCAGCAGCUGAAGGUGGCGGGGAGGUGUGUUUGUGGCACAACGUAUGUUGACCCAGCAGACCCGCACCAUGCCCUGAGAUGCAGGCACAAGCAUGGUCCUUCUCGGGUGCAUGAGGAGGUGAAGUUUGCGGUGGCGAAGAUCUCUAAGGCGUCAGGGGGGGUGGUGACAUUGGAGGAUAGUGUGGUGCUGCAAGGGAAGCGGGUUGAUGUGGCGGUGCGACGUCCAAUGGCUGGAGAGGCUCACGCCCUAGAGAUCAGCGUCGCGGACCCGCUAUCGCUGUCUCCAUCACUGCUGGGACAGUGCGGGCGUCAAAUAGGUGUGGCGGCAAGGGAAUGGGAGCGUCGCAAAACGAGUGAUUACGCGCCUCUGCUUGCACGCAACCGGGGCGUGCAGUUUGUUGGAAACAAUCAGUCCUAA